AAAUAAUAAAUAAUGUUGAUAAAAAGUCACCAACAUUUCAGAAAGAUACAGUUUUAGCGGGAUUUCGUUACGACAUGAAGCACAUUAAAGAUUUGAGUGGUUUGUGUCGAGAUGAAUUGGUGCAGUUUAUAAAUUCAUUUGAUUAUGUUUUUUUUGAUAUUGAUGGGGUUCUACUGUUAGCUACCACUCCCUUGGCAGGAGCUCGUGAAUGUAUCGAAGUUUUUAAAAAAUUGAAAAAACAAAUCGGAUUUGUAACAAAUAAUACUAUUAGUUCCUUUGAAGAGACAAAAUCCAAGCUAGCACCAUUUGGAGCUACCUCUCAUGAAAUAGUGACGCCAGUGAUGUCAGUUGUUGCUUAUUUAAAGAAGAUCCCUGACAUCUCAGAUAUAUUUUGCAUAGGUGGACAUGUGCUACGAGAUACUUUACAACAAGCUGGAUAUAACAUUGUAAAUUUUGAGGAAAUUCCGCUCCAGGAGGACAUGAGCUCUAUACGGAAAAUUUGUCUAGACUUCCUGGAAAAUUCUAAAAAUGUUGGUGCAAUUGUGGUAGAUCUGGAUGUGAAUUUUAGACUUAUACAAGCAGAAGCAGCGAUUUUGUUGCUAAACAGAAACCCUUCCAUGCCUUUUAUAGUUGCUGCUACUGAUGAUAGUGGACCUCUUACAGAAAAUAUUCAGUUUAUUGGAAAUCAAUUUUAUGUUAAUGCCAUAGAAAGACUAGGCAAAAAAGAAUGUACAAUAUUAGCUAAGCCAAGUAUAGAAUUGAAACACUAUCUUGAAGAGAGAUUCAAAAUUCCUGAUUUAAACAAAGUUUUGUUUAUUGGAGAUUCGCUUACAUCAGAUAUUACAUUUGCAAAUCGAGCAGGAUUUCAAAGUCUCCUCGUCUUGAGUGGACAAACAAAAUUGGACGACCUAGUCAACUGGACUCAUCAAGAAGAAAAUAGACCAGAUUAUUAUAUUAAAUGCUUAGACUCUUUUUAUCAACUAUUGUGCCAACUAGAAUUAUGCUAAAUUUAAAUCAUAAAUAAUUAUAAAAUUGCGUGGCAGAAUCCAAAAUAAAGCCCUUGCCCGAACUAGCAAACAUAAAUAUUUUAUUUCUUAAAACUCUGGAAAUCUUUUUCAAGUUUUAUAUUACAUUUCAUAACAAAUUCUUCGAGACAUUUUUAUAUCUCUUUAUAUUUCUCGGUCCACUUUAAAACAAAGUAAAUAUUUUUCAUUUACAAAGCCUCGCAAUAAUAUAAAAAUAAACUCUUGAAAAGUAUCGCGAAGAAUCUGGAGUGUUCAGGUUGCUACGGGGCGCAGCUUAAAUUUCAUAAAUAUUGUAAGGACCUAAACGGAAUUCUUUGUAAUCGUAUACAGCGGUAUGAUUUUCUCUUAAAGAAUUUUCUUCUUAGGCGACGAAAUUAUGCCAUUCGUUACCGAGAUUUAACACUGCUGCUGCCCCCAAAGCUUGGUUUCUUAUGUUACUGGGUGCAGCAUGAUGAAAACAAGAUGCUGACGUUGUCACUUUUUUGCAGUCACAUUGGAUUUUACAGAGAUUGUUUUUUUUAAACUAAAUAUUUACUUAGGAAUAUAAGCGUAUUUUCUCAUAAUAAACUUGGUCUGUUUUUCUUUA